AUGUCAAAAAGAGUCAGUAAAGCUAUUGCCAAUAAGGCUAAGCUAAAGCCAUCGAAUCAAGUGAAUACACCUGCUAAUUCAACAUUGGAUAAAUCAAAUCAAAAUAGUCAAAGCAACUCAACAGUUACCAACAGUAGCAAUACAAAAGCAGCAACAACAAUAGUAACAGCUGUUGCUUCUGCUGCAAGUUCAACGACAACUGUUAAGGAGGAGCCGACAGAUCUCUUGCUGAGCAAUUGCUUGGUGAAUAUGAAGAAGGAAGAUCAUUUCUCGCCAAGCAUGUCGCCAGUGGGAUUUGGAUCGAUUGGUGCAACAGAUCGAUCUGUUACUCCUGUUAAAAUAGAGCUAAGUGAGAAGCCGCCAUCUGUAAUGGGGCUAAGCACUGACAAUGAUCUUGUCAACUGUAAUACGUUGGAUGCUGAUCGUAUGGGUGAUAUAAAUUCCACGAGCUCUAAUCUAAAUGCUAAUCCAACUGCAACUGGACCUGGACUUGGCGAAUCUCUUGGCCUUGGCACCAACGUUUCGCCGAUUGCUGGAGGAGCUGGUACAGGAGUCGCCGGUAGCGGUGGUAGUUGUGGUGGUGGUGCAUCAUCCAAUUUUAUGAGCAAUAACAAUAGCGUCGGCAACUGCUUAGAAUAUAUGCAACAGCAGAAUCAUAUAUUUGUCUUCUCGACUCAACUAGCUAAUAAUGGGGCAGAAUCUGUGUUGAGCGGGCAAUUUCAAACGAUCAUCGCCUACCAUUGCACACAGCCGGCGACAAAGAGUUUUCUUGAAGACUUUUUUAUGAAGAAUCCAAUGAAAAUGAACAAGCUGCAACGACAGAACUCGUUAGGCCUCAACAUUGGCAACAUGUCCGGAACAGGUGGACCAAAUUGGCUCAAUUCAAAUACAAAUUCCAACAAUCCAAGUUCGAAUCCAAAUUUAACCAAAAUGCUGCAGCCGCAGCAGCAGAAAUCGAAGAUUCAUUUUAAUAGCCAAGCCGAUAAGCGAAACAACUUUGGUGAUUCAACAGGAACAGCCGAAUCACUUGUCAACGAAAGCGAAUUGAUGUGCUGGGAGGCAGGAAAUGGAAAUCGCGGCACACUAGACCCAGAUUCGCAAGCUCUGAAACUAUUGGAAGGUGUCGACAGUGUUCUGGGCAAAUGCAGCAGCACAGACCUAAGCACGGAUAGCAAUAUAAUUUCAUUGCAGGGUGUUAAAGUGCCAGACGAAAACUUGACACCGCAGCAGCGACAGCAUCGAGAGGAGCAAUUGGCUAAAUUGAAAAAAAUGAAUCAAUUCCUGUUCCCAGAGAAUGAGAGCGGACCUACAAGCAGCCAUUUGAACAAGCUGCCAAAUGAGGCGGCAAUAGGAAAUUUAAUGAUGAACAUUGCACCGACAGGCGCUGCAUCGAAUGCACAAAUGCGACAAAUGCAAUUGCAAAUGCAAGCGGCUACAGCGGCUACACAGCAGCAACAAAAAUCGGAGCACAUGUCACAGCUGGGCGAGGAUGUGCUGAUGCCAUUGCCAUCUGAUGUUAUUGGAGAUAUUGGAGCUGUUAUAACUUGCAAUAGUGGGCAGAAGAACAACUUGCCGGUAGCAAAUGCAGCAGCUGCGGCGACAGCAGCGUCAGGCGUCGGAGGUGGAGCAGGAGCGGGCCCUGCCACAGCUGUUGGUAUGAAUGUUAACAUGAAUGUUAACAUGCAAUGUUCAAAUAAUCCUAACUUAUUGGCAAAUUCACCAGAACUGAUAAGUGGAUUUGGUAAUACAAAUUGCGUUAUGGGCAUGGGAGUUGGCGACAAAGUAGAAGGCGGUUUGUCUCCCAUGGAGUGGAACAAAUUACAACAGCAGUUUUUCGAAGAACGCUUGAAAGUGGGCAAAGCAGCCUGUCGGCCGACGGGCAUGUCUGGACCUGGCUCCGGUCCUACUCCCCAGUCAACGAUUACGGCAUCGAGUACUAGUAGUACACCAAAUGCUGUCAUUCGAAAUAAUGUACAAGGACCACCACCGCCAUAUCAUCCCACACAACGUUCGGCAUCAGUGCCUAUUGCCACGCAAUCUCCAAAUCCAUCCAGUCCCAAUAAUCUCUCCCUGCCAUCGCCACGCACAGUAGGUGCCCUUGGAUUACCAUCGAAUUCACCUAGCAUGGAACUAAACAGCACAACCAAUUCAUCAACAAGUGGCCCUGUUGGGGGUACAGCAAAUAUAGGUCCCAUAGCACCAUCGAAGAACUGUUUUCCGACUGACUCCGGUUCGCCUCCAAGUCGACAUCGAAAUGCUGGCAACAAUUCAUCAAGCGUCAAUGCUUGUGUGAAUGUGAUGAAUCACCAUCUAAAUAGUAAUCCCGGUACGCCUCUUUCCCACCUUUCGCCCAAGGAUCUAGAAUCGUUCAACACAACUGGUGAAAUAAAAAACACUAGACCAAGUCCGCAGCGUCCUCGGUCUCCAGGAAACCCCAAUGCGAAUUCCAGUGCAAAUAACACGAAUAAUUUAAUCGAACCAAAUAACAUGGACUCACGAUUUCCGGCAACCAGCCCGGGGCUAAACUUUAAUCCACACGCACACGUGCAAAAUAAUCCAAACACUGCCCUAAACGCAUACAAAGGUUCCAAUGGAAACAAUCCUAUCGAGCGUCAAAAUUGUGGACCCAGCGGAGGACCCAUGCAAUUUGGGCGUCGUUCGGAUAAUAUGCCACUGAAUCCGAACAGCAGUAGCAAUCGACCAGCCCAGAAUAAGAUGCCACAGAACUUUGAUCCAAUAUCGUCACUGGCCCAGAUGUCUCAGCAACUAACGAGCUGUGUAUCGGGCGUUGGCAGUCCCGCCGGCGGGUUGAAUAUUAUGGUGCCAGGUCCAGGUUCACUUCCGGGAUCAGUUGAUAUGAAUAUAGAGCAUUCUGCUGCUGCGGCAGCUGGCUUGGUGCCCAAUUUGGAUGGCACCAGUAUGGAACAUAUGAGUAAUGUUUCAAGCAAUUGUCAUUCGAUAAACCCAUUGAUCAAUUCGAUGGGACAGCGCAUGCUAAAUCCUAAACUGGCUGGAUUGGGCCCUUCCAGCUUUAGUCCGGGACCAAAUGGCAUGAUGCGUGAUGUAUCCGGGCACGGACCUGGGCCCGGCUUUCAUGGGAUAUUACCAGCGGGCGCACGAAUGAUGGGUCGCAUGCCGGUCAAUUUGGGACCUAAUUUCAAUCCGAAUGUUCAAGUGAAGGCCAGCACACCAAAUACAAUUCAAUAUAUGCCGGUGAGGCCCCAAAGCAGCAAUACCGGUACUAGCAACAACAACAACAAUAGUAGUAAUAAUAUUGGCAACAAUGGCAAUAUUCGAAUGGCACCGAGCUUGGAGUUCUUGCAGCGAUACGCCAACCCACAAAUCGCAAACCCAAUUGGAAGUGAUGGCAGUCCAAUGGCGAUGAAUAUGAGCUCAGCGCCUGGCGAUCAGCAACAACUGCAGCAGAACAAAAUGAUAAAUAAUCAUAGCAGCAUGAAUUUUUUUCAGAAUUGUAAUCAGCUAGCUGGCCUGGACGAUGAAGUCGUUGGAAGUGUAGGAUUGCCAGGGCAUGCCGAUAUGACACCAAUGAUACGAGGCAUGCGCCCUUCUGGGAUGCGACAACAUGGCGGUUUGAGCAACAUUCGCUUGCAGGCCCCAGCUGGCAACAAUAUUGUGAGUCAUAGACAUCAAGGACAGUUUUCUGGCAGCGCCGAUGGCUUGGAUUGCAAUGAUCCGACUGUCUUGUUUAACAAUGGCGCUGGUAGUUGCAAUUCGCCAGCAAUGUUUGCGGCAGCACAGCAGCAGCAACAGCAGCAGCAACAGCAGCAGCAGCAGCAUCAGCAUCAGCAGCAGCAACAGCAGCAGCAGCAGCAGCAGCAGCAACAACAACAGCAACAACAUCAACCGAAGGGUCAACAGCAGCACAUAAAGUCCAUGCCAGGCGGCAUGUGUCCAAGUCAAGUGGGCAUGCAAGGCUCAGUACCACUCGUACAAUUACCGGGGCAAGGACAUCCUAGCAUGGUUGUUGGCAGCAACAACAGUAAUCUUAUGUCAUCAGCAGGCAACGGGGGGGGUGUCAACUUCGUCGGACCGUCGUCAAAUGAUCUGAAAUAUGCGCAACAAUAUCACAGUUUUCAACAGCAACUAUAUGCAACAAAUACUAGAAGUCAACAGCAGCAACAGCAGCAGCAACAAAUUGGCAACAAUAUGAUACCUAUGCCACCAAAUCUAUCGCCGAAUCCCGCAUUUUUUGUGAAUAAAUAAGAUCGGAGCGGAUUAUAAUCCAUCUGUCGAACGAACGAAAAGCUAGUCUCUGUAUUUGAAAAAAUCGGGCAUCAAAACUAAUCGCAAAAUUGCCAAGAUGAAAUUGCCAUGAAAAGGGAAUA